GCGUUGAAACCAAGAUUAAGAGGAGUUAAAUAGGUCAUUAGGACUCAUUUGAUUGUUUUUUACAAGUAGAGGUACUUAUAUGACACUUUAUUGAGUACAUGGCCUUAUGUGACUAUUUUAUAAUAGCAGAAGACUUUAUUUGACCAUUUUCUCUACAAAAAAUGGAUAUAUGCGGUCCGCUAGCACAUCAUAUAUGUUACAAAUCAUUUUGUCAGUUUACCCCAAAUCUAGUAACCGGUCAACCAUCAUUAACAUAAUUUCAACAGUAAUCGUACCAUGUAACUUUUUUCCUUUGCGGUUGGUUAACCGUACCACAAGUUGUAACCGAAAAAUACAUCGGGUUUUCGGUUUUUUGGUACGGUUAAUCGGGUACGGCAUUUUUUGCUCACCCCUAUUUGUAGCUACCACACGGUCUACUCCUCUCUUGCCCUGAAUUGUUGUUCUUUUGUUUUGACAGGAGCUACGAGAGUGUACACAACCUUACUUUUUGCGGCGUCUGAAAAGUGACGUAUUUAAAAAUGAAACCUCAACUGGCAUAAAGCUUUCAAAGAAAAACGAGAUGUGUGUGUGGCUAAAAUUAACUAGUUGCCAGCGUCAAUUGUACGUUGCUUUUCUAAAAAGUGAGAUUGUGUAUAGCUCACCAUUGGCAGCACUAACGAUCUUAAAAAAAAUCUGUGACCAUCCUCUUUUAUUGACCAAAAGAGCUGCUGAAGAAGUUUUAGAAGGGAUGGAACUUAUCUCAUUGCCGAGCAAAGAGGAUCAAGCUAUGGCUGAAAGAUUGGCUGGCAACACAACUGGCAAAAGCAGCUAAGAAAUUAGACUCGGAGGAUAAUCACAAUAUUUCUUGCAAGAUUAAUUUCAUUAUGCAGUUGCUGGAAUUUCUAAUUCCAAAUGGACACCAUGUUCUCAUUUUCUCACAAACACGGAAGAUGCUUGAUCUUAUUCAGGCCUCUUUAAUGUCCGUUGAUCUGAAGUUCUUGCGUAUUGAUGGGACUACUAAAGCUGCUGACAGAUUGAAAAUAGUUAAUGGGGAGUGAGUCAACACAGUCUUCUGUUUUCAAAAACAGCCCCUCUACCGGUAUAUCAGGAUGUCAGCCGCAGGAAUCUCCAUAGAGCGAGAAGAUGGCGAAGAUUUUUUAUUCCUUUCAGUGAGCGGAGUGCUCAGGAAACCCAAUCUAUUCAUAAUUGGCGGAACAAAUGUGCUUGGCGGAGUCCAAUUGUCAAACCUGAAGCACAUCUCUUGCCGUAUUUGGCAUCACUUUUUCGAUCAACAUUUGAGAUCUGGAAGUAAAGUGACAUUCAAUCUUGUAACUUUUUUCAUUGCAUUGUUUUGGCUAACUCAAUCCGUUGCACUUAGUAAAACUAUACGCCAUGUUGAUGAGGGGACGUCGGAUGAAAAUGAAGGGGAUGACACCAUGUGAUGAAUGUUUGAAUGAUGUUUCCCCAAGAGUCCUUCUCCGGAUGAUGAGUGAGUUUUUUUUUUUACUUUGAACAUAUAGUAGUUUUGAUUAAUAUGUAGCUUAUCGAAUGUCAUGCUUAUGAGCUACUUGCUAGUCACAUGAUCAAUGGAUGUAAUUAACAAAUCUUUGAUAGAUCUAUGUUGAAUUUAGAUGGGGUAUUUUAUAAUUGUUAUAUUGGAUAUUUGUUCUUCAUA